CCCUUACUUAGCAAGAUUAAUUCCGAUCAUGCAUGAUUUACUUAUUCUUAUUGAAAAGAAUAAAGUAGACGAUUUCAAAAAACGUUUAUCCGAAGCAUCAAUGUUUGAUAUUAGAAGAACCAAAUCUGGCCUGAAGUUAAUACUAGAAGCCAUAAAGGGUAAUCGGAAAGAAAUUUUUGACCACUUGCUACACGAUUGCUACAGCUGGUGUACGGAAGACUUUAUGGUCGCAAAUGAAUCUGGUAAGACAGCAAUAGAAGUUGCUUGGGAUCAGAAGAACAACAACACUCAUUACUACAUCUGUGAGUUAAUCGGAACUAGCAGUUAUUUGGAGAAAGCAAUAAAAAACGCCCUUUCCAAUUCUUCUGACUCUCUUGAUGAGGAACAUAUCACCACCUUGUUAACUUACGCCACUGAUCUACCUGACAUAUUUGACCGGGUAGUAGUCAAUUUUGAACUACCAAAUUUUAUUCAGGACAUGGUAUUUUUCCAUAAAUUUGAUGAAUAUUCAUCUCACGUCAUGCAAUUUAACACUCUGUUAAAACUGGCAGAACAAAACCCUUUUCUGUUCCACAAAGCUUUUGAGUACGAGUUUAAGUUUUGUUUUGCCGUGACGGAUAAACCACUAGACGAGAAACGUAAUUUCGGUGAUCUUUUGAUUAGUUUGAUCAGUCUAAAGAACGAUUAUUUGGAAAUUCUGUUGGAAAAGUGUGCUCCUGAAAUAUGUCAGAUUUUCGAAAAAUGUGCCCUUCAUUCUAAAACUGCUUUUCCGAAAAGGAGAAGCACUCGCUGUGGAUGUGGAUUAUCUGUUAACUACAAUUACACCGACUUAUCGGUGACAUAUCAGUGUGAAAAAAUGUUCAGCAAAUAUCUAACAAUAGACAAACUGGAAUUACUUUUGGAAAAAAGUGAGACGGUGAGUCAGUGUGUUAUCCGUUUCAUUGAUAUAUUAAGGAGCACAUACUUUCUUACUUCUGUCACUGAAAGAAACAACGAGUCGACCACAACAGAAAUUUUUAAUUAUCUUUUAAUGUAUGGCUUGAGAGUUCAAGACAACCUUUCUGAUGUUGUGUAUAGAAGGUAUGGUUAUUGCGAACUCUUCAGAGUGUGUCUACAUAUGGACAUAGAGGAUGCGUCACCCGAGUAUUCACCCUUAAACUUCAUCUUAGAUGUCAAUUUUGAUGUGGAACAACUCCCAGAGAAAUGGAAGUUUUACAGUGAUCGACACAUCCAAUAUCUUCUAGAUUACUUUGCCCAUCCAAAAGUCUAUGAACUUGUUUCAAAACUUGAAAAUGAAACAAGAUUGCGGGACGACAACACUCGCAAAAAAGUAGAAAAACAUCCACGAGUACCUUUGCUUGUCGAAUUGAGUCGAAAUAUUUUUAGAAAAUAUUUUAUAGAAAGAUUCCAAAUUCGAAAUACCAAAAUGUUGUAUUCUCUUAUUAAUGGCCUAUCUAUUGCUUCUACUCAUAAGAAAAUUAUUACUUUUGAAACAAAACUCUAUGAUACUUAGAUAAAUGUAAUAAGUAUUACAUCAAAUUUUAGAUUUUGUAAUUCCAUAUUUAGUU